AUGAUUGAUGAUAAUAAUGAGGAAGAUAAUGAUGGUAAUGGUGAUGAUGCUGAUGAUAAUAAUGAUGGUGAUAAUGAUACUACAGCACUUACUGCAUAUGCAGCAAGGACAAUGAUUAAAGAAAACUGA